AUGCAAACGACAUAUUCAACUGGCGACAGGCCAGUCGGUUUAGCUAUCGGUGAUUUCAAUAACGACACCCGACUAGAUAUUGUUGUAAGUAAUUCUGGAAAUAAUACCAUAGGUGUACUUCUUGGAUAUGGUAACGGCUCUUUUGCAAGUCAAAAGACAUAUUCAACCGGUGCUUAUCCAUUCACUUUAGCUGUUAAUGAUUUUAACAACGAUACUCGGCCAGAUAUCGUCGUCACUAAUUAUCAUGAUGACAGUGUUAGUAUUCUGCUCCGUUAUGAUAGAGGAGCUUUGAAAAACGGAAUUACAUUUACGCCCAGUACUGGUGCCCAUUUGAGAAGCGUUGCCGUUUCUGAUUUCAAUAACGAUAGUCUAUUGGAUAUCGUCGUUGCUAAUUAUGGUAGUAAUAACCUAGGUGUUAUUCUUGGAUAUGGAAAUGGUACCUUUGGAAACGAAAUGAUAUUCUCCACUGGAUUAAAAUCUCAUCCUUAUUCAAUUACAAUUAAUGACUUCAAUAAAGACGGUCAAGUGGAUAUUGCAGUGGUCAAUCGUGGUACUAAAAGUCUUAGUACAUUUCUGGGAAAGGGAAAUGGAACGUUUGAAAGUCAAGCAAAUUAUAGCACUAGUUUCGAUUUUGUUCCAUUGGCUGUUGGUGUUGGUGAUUUCAAUAGUGAUGGACAUUCGGAAAUUGUUGUUGCAUAUGAUGAUACUGAUAAUUUGGAUGUGUUUGUUAUAUAUGACACCGGAGAUUUUUCUCCUCGAACGACAUAUUCAACUGAUCAUUGGCCAACCUCUAUAGCUUUUGGUGAUUUUAAUAACGAUACUCGACU